GAACACAACAAUUUUUACAAUUUUCCAAGAGGGCACUAGAAUUUACAUGGAUUUUUAAUUAAUUAACUGGUAAUAUUUUUUUAUUAACAAAGCACUGAAAAUAUACUAAUUUGACAGUUCAAUUGAAUUGGAAUGAUCACAAGUACUUUCCUUUGGUGUUCAACUUUCGGUAUAUGUCGUUUUUCUCUUAUCAGCGGCCGACUUUUGGCUCUGUCGGCUGAUAUGUGAUCCUUUUGAUUUAUUUAUUUUUAAUAAAGUGAAAACUACGUGCACUCUUGUUUCUAUAUAUUUUGUUUUUCUUCGCUUUAAUCUUUGUAUCUUUAGCAACUACUACAUGGGCCGUCUUCUUUUUCGUCAAUUUCAAUCUGGGUCGCUUUGAUUUUGUGUUCUGCUUCUGAGUUUUUCAUGUUCUUUCCUCACAUAAACAGUGUUGAUCUUGUCUGGGAUUUAUAUUUAACUUCGCAAGGAUUGGAUUUUUGUGCAUUUCAACUUUCAAGGAAGUAAUCCCUCUUCAGGGCAUCUUGGUUUUGCUAGGGCAUGGCUGCCAGGGGAAAUUCAGCUGUUAAACAGCAGAGAACUUCCCUGAAUUUUCGCAGAGCAUUGGCAGCAGCUUUUCUUGAAUGGUUGUUGAUACUUUUCUUGAUCAUUGAUGCUAUAUUUUCAUACCUAAUUACUAGAUUUGCCCGGUAUUGUGAAUUGCAAACCCCGUGUCUGCUUUGCUCUAGACUUGACCACAUAUUGGGCAAUAAAAAAUUAAAAUGUUAUUGGGAUUUGUUCUGUGGUAAUCAUAAAUUGGAGAUCUCAUCCUUAGUUUUCUGCCAUGCACACAAUAAGCUUGUAGAUGUCCAUGGAAUGUGUGAAAAUUGCCUGUUCUCAUUUGCCACAGUCAACAAAUCCAACACUGAAACAUACAGGUUGUUGGUCGGCAAGUUGGGGGAGGGUUCUUGCCUUGGAUAUGAUGAGGAACCAUUGCCUCAUGGUCAUCACAACGAUAAUCAAUCAAGUAUUAGGCAUUGUUCUUGCUGCAAUGAACCAUGGAUCCCAAGAGGGUAUGCCCAAAAACUUAUACAGACUAAAUCAUUUGGGUCCCAGACUUCUGAACUUGAUUUGCCUGUAUCUUAUGCUGGUGAACAUAGCCUGCAUUACUCCAAGAAGAGAAAUGAAAAAUGGUCAGUUCCAAUAAGAGCUACUCAUAUGGAGAGUAGCAGGCCAGAUCCACUGUCUCAUGUAGGGUACUCAGAGCUGAAGAUUACUUCAGAUACUGAAUCUGAAGUGCUUUUAUCUGAUGAUGAUGAUGCAGAUGCUGUAAUCCAUGAAACUAGUGGUCCCAAGGAUGAUUUUGCACAUAAAUGUGUGCAGAUGGAGCCACACGUUUUUACCCUGUCACAUGAAUCAGUUUUAGAAAAAUUAGUAGAUCCUGCCAUUGCACCUGAGGCUUUAAUUUCUGUCUCACAGUUACAAUCAGAUAUCACCCUUCCUGAUAAUGACAGAUCCAUAGAAUCCACUACUGCAGUUAGACAUGGCUUGGAGGAACUGAAUUGGGAACUAAUUGACUUCAAGGCUGAUCCUUCUGCACUUGCUGAGUUGAUUUCCCUCAAUGAUGUUCCUCCAUCAUCAUAUGCAGGAAAAACUUCUAUUGAUGUGUCAAAAGACAGUGAACUGAUCAACCAUAUUGUCCCUCCACCAUCAAAUUCUAGGGAAUCUCUUGUUGAUGCAACUAAACAGACAAAGCUUAUUUCCCUUAAUGAGGUCUCUCCAUCAUCCAAUGCUGGAACUCCCACAAAUGUAUCAGAGGAAAGUGGGCUUAAUUAUCAUGAUGUCCUUCCAUCAUCAAAUUCAAGGGAAUCUCUAGUUGAUGCAACCAAAGAGAGCAAGCUUAUUUUUUAUCAGGUUCAUUUCUCAUCAGAUGCUGAAAGUCCUGUUGAUGUAUCAGAGGAGAGCAAGCGUAUUUCUGCCAAUGUUGUUCCUUUGUCAGCAAAGGGCAGGGAUACUCCUCCUGAAGUGUCAGAAGAUAGCAAAGUUAUUCUCCCUGAUUAUGUCCCACCAAUGUCCAAUGCUGCUCAAUCUCCUAUUGAUGUAUCAGAGGAGAGCAAGCUUAUUUCUAUCAGUAAGAUCUCACCAACUGGCAAGGAUACCACUUCUGAAGUAUCAAAAGAUAGCAAAGUUAUUCUCCUAGAUGAUGUUCCACCAAUGUCUAAUGCUACUGAAUCUGCUGUUAAUGUAUCAGUGGAGAGCAAAAUUAUUUCUGUUGAUGAUGCCCCCUCACAAUCAAAUGGUAGGGAUACUCCAGCAGUGUCAAAUGACAGCAAAGUUAUUCUCCCUGAUGAUGUCCCACCGUUAUCUAACGACACUGAAUCUCCUAUUGAAGCACCAAAGGAGAGCUGCAUUUCAAGUGAUGAAAAUGAGCAGACGUCUAACUGCAAGACCGGAAGUGAGCCAAAUACUUCAGAUGAAACAGUUAUGGAAAGGAAUCCUCUAUCAAGUGAUACUGGUCUUCAAGCAUCCAAUUUAUUGGACCUCAGCGAUGCUUAUAAGGUGGCUGUUGGCAACCGAGGAAGACAAUUGUCUGGACUGCUUGCUGAACAGUGGAAUGGGAAGGAUUCUUCUAGACUUAGUGAAGAUCUGAAACUUUUGUUGUCACAACUAUCUGCCACUCGAGGGUUUGAACAGGUACUGUCUGAUGUUAGUCCUAAAGUGUCCUUGAACAGUGAUGAUUCUAGCUCUAAUGGGAUGCAACUUCUUCAAAAGAGGAUUUCACUUGAGAGAAAUGAAUCUGGUUUUGAAUCUCUGGAUGGAAGCACUGUCAGCGAAAUUGAAGGGGAAAGUGUGGUUGAUCGGUUGAAACGGCAGGUUGAGCAUGAUAAGAAAUUGUUGAGUGCUUUGUAUAGGGAAUUGGAAGAAGAAAGAAAUGCUUCAGCUGUAGCUGUAAAUCAAUCAAUGGCGAUGAUUACUAGACUUCAGGAGGAGAAGGCAUCACUCCACAUGGAAGCCUUGCAGAACUUGAGAAUGAUGGAGGAGCAAGCUGAGUAUGACAUGGAAGCACUGCAAAAGACAAAUGACCUUCUAGCAGAGAAGGAGAAGGAGAUUCAAGAUCUAGAAGAAGAAGUUCAGUUUUAUCAAAAAAAGUUCCCAAAUGCAUAUAUGAUGGGGAACAUAUUGGAGCCAACUCAAGACUGCAAGGAAAGAGAGAUCAAAAAGGAUCAUUCAGAAGAUACUUGUGGUGAAGAUAGGGCAGGUAGUGUUACGAACUCAGUUAUAAAAAAUCUUAAAACUGAUACACCAUCUGAAGAUAUUCAUACAGCUGCUGUGAAGAAUUCACUUUUAGAUUUUGAAGAUGAAAGGUCGUAUAUUUUACGAAGUUUGAAAAAAUUGGAGAAGAAGCUUUAUAUGUUCUCAUAUAAUGGGCUUUGCUCCGACUUGCAUAAUGGUGAAUAUUCUGGAAAUGGAGUUAACAUAAGUGAUUCAGAGGAUAUCAACUGUAAAGUGGAUCCUCAAGCAAACAGCAGAACAGAAGGGAGUGACUUGUCAACGCUAAAUGAUGAUUCUGCAUCACGAGGGAGUCCACGUGCUCAUGGACAUGUUUCCUCGCACAAAAAACCUCAGCUUUCUACUGAGGAAAAUACUGAAUUGAAUUGUAGUGAGCAAACUUCUCUCCUCUGUGGAGGGACAAAUUUAACUUCUCUUGGUGAUGAGGUUGCUGAUCUGAACGAGAGAUUGGAAGCACUUGAGGCAGACCAGAACUUUCUUGAGCUCACAAUUAAAUCACUCAAAAAUGGAGAAGAGGGAACUAGAUUCAUUCAGGAGAUAGCUUCACACCUGCGAGAAUUACGACGGAUUGGGUUAAGAAGAGAUGAUACUUUUGCUUGAGGGUAUAUGCAUCAUCAUUUCCAAGAUUCCUGCAAUGUAUUGAUGAUCUAGAAAGAAGGUCAAGCGUGCUACAGUUAUGGUAAUGAGGACCGAUAACCAAUUGUACAGCAUCACAGGUUUGCUUUGUUCAUAUACAAAGAGUACAACAGGUUUUGACUUCAUUAGGUGUGCUUUUUUGUUGGGGUUUCUUUCAGUAGGCAGCAUGUUUAUUAUACUAGGGCUAACGGUCGAGCAUCAAACAGUUGGUGAGGUAUUUUUUUCCCCACUUUGUAAUUUUUUUUUCUUCCUCUAAAUUUUGGGGGUGAGAGAGUGAUUAUAUUGUACAAGUUCUGGUGUAAAGUCAACAGUAUUCUUCAUUGGAAAGGUUGGGGAGUGAGUGAAUGAGUGAUUGCAUUGUAAAAAAGUUGUGCAAAGUCAACAAUAAGAAGGUUGAAAUAAGUUGCAAUUCUACAUGCCAA